ACACCAAUAUGAAAUCAAUUUUCUUGCAACAAUGCUAUGAACUCAUUACGUUUUCUUUUGUCUGCCCUCUUUAAUUCAUUGUUUGGCUUGGUGAUAAGUCUAAUCGUACAAAUAUCUAAUCGCAGGAUUUAAAUUCACAUUAGUGUUCCAUUAGUGUACCUGUGCAGGGGAAUGCAGUAAAGGUGCGUUAAUUGCAUGUAAUGUGAUUCUGAACACAUCUGCUUCAGCUACUGUAUUUAGGGAAACCCACUAACCAGUGGAAGCAAAGCCAAGUAAAAUCCAGUCCUGACCUCCGCUGCUUUCACCCACUCACCUCUUUAAGAGACAUGCUCACCAGAGAGGCAAACGUUGAUCACGAGACAGGACGUAGGUGAUUGCAGUUGGACACUGGAUCAUUAACCAAAACAAAUUGUAUAAUUAAUCUUUGAUUCAUUUGUUACAUGGUCCUGUAUGCCUUGUGAAUGACUAUUUUAAGUGUUUUUAGAAUCAACUGACUCAAUAAGUGGGAGUAUCUAAGAGGGGAGGGGUCAUAUGGGCAGAGAGUAGAUUGGAGGCUGAGCCUAAAUUUAGGAUUACAACCUCCCACCCCCUAUUUGCUCCUCAUGUUAAAUACUAAAAUGUGAAUAUCUACAGAUCAAUAUUCACUGACUGAGAGCCAAACUUGAGACUUGAGACACCCCAUAACAAUGAAUGUUCAAGCGGGCCUCUCAAAUGGCAAGAACAGCAGCAGGUUGAAGGACCUGGUCCCUGUCCCUCAGCCCCAGUCAGAGGAGAAGAUGCAGGAGAGGGGGCAAUGGAGCAACAAACUGGAGUUCAUCCUGUCUGUGAUGGGAUCCAUCAUCGGCCUGGGGAACAUGUGGCGCUUUCCUUACCUCUGCUACAAGAACGGAGGAGGUGCAUUUCUCAUCCCCUACCUGAUCUUCCUGUUCACCUGUGGCAUACCUGUGUUCUUCCUGGAGACUGCUCUGGGCCAGUACACCAGUGAGGGAGGCAUCACCUGCUGGAGGAAGAUCAGUCCACUCUUUGAGGGUCUUGGCUACGGCACCCAGAUCAUUGUGGCUCUGCUGAACUCCUACUACAUUGUGGUUCUGGCUUGGGGAAUCUUCUACCUGUCUUUCUCCUUCUCCUGGGAACUCCCUUGGUCCUCCUGUAACAACACCUGGAAUACAGAAAAUUGCGUGGAGUUUCAGAGGAGGAACUAUUCUGUCAACUACACCCUGCCCGAAAACUCCACAUCCCCCGUCAUUGAAUUCUGGGAGCGAAGAGCCUUGAGGCUGUCGUCUGGCAUCGACCACAUGGGCUCUCUGAACUGGGACCUGGCCUUCUGUCUGGCCAUCGCCUGGGUCAUGUGUUACUUCUGCAUCUGGAAAGGGGUCAAAUCCACUGGGAAGGUGGUGUACUUCACAGCUACCUUCCCCUACCUGAUGCUAAUAGUUCUGCUGAUUCGUGGCGUCACUUUACCUGGAGCGGACCUAGGGAUCAAGUUCUACCUUUACCCUGACCUGUCAAGACUAGCAGACCCUCAGGUAUGGAUGGAUGCAGGCACCCAGAUCUUCUUCUCCUAUGCAAUGUGUCUAGGCUCCCUCAUAGCAUUGGGGAGUUACAACAAGUACAACAACAACUGCUACAAAGACUGCCUGGCCCUGUGCUUCCUAAACAGUGGGACAAGCUUUGUGGCAGGCUUUGCCAUCUUCUCCAUCCUGGGUUUCAUGGCUUAUGAACAGAAUGUCCCCAUCUCAGAGGUAGCAGAGUCUGGUCCUGGCCUGGCCUUCAUUGCAUACCCCCGUGCUGUGGCCAUGAUGCCGUUUUCUUCACUAUGGGCCGUCUUCUUCUUUAUCAUGAUCAUCCUGCUAGGGUUGGACAGUCAAUUUGUGUGUGUAGAGAGCUUGACAACGGCCAUGGUGGACAUGUAUCCCGAGGUGUUUCGUCGUAAGAACCGCAGGGAGCUCUUUCUGGCUUUAGUGGCCUUCAUCUCCUUCCUCAUGGGCCUGAUCAUGUUGAUGGAGGGUGGGUUAUAUGUAUUCCAGCUGAUGGACUACUAUGCUGCUAGUGGCAUGUGUCUUCUCUUCAUGGCCAUCUUUGAGACGGUCUCCAUCGCAUGGGUCUAUGGUGUCGACCGCUUCUAUGAUAACAUCGAAGACAUGAUUGGCUACCGUCCAGGACCUUACAUUAAAUACUGCUGGCUGUAUGUCACCCCAGCCACAUGCGUUGCAACCUUUGCAUUCUCCCUCAUCAAGUACACCCCUCUGAAGUACAACAAUGAGUAUGUGUACCCCUGGUGGGGCUAUGUGAUAGGCUGGCUCCUGGCUCUUGCCUCCAUGGUCUGCAUCCCUUUCUGGAUGAUCUACAAACUCUCCACCACAGAAGGAACGUUCAGAGAGCGCAUUCACAUCCUCCUCCAGCCCUCUAACGACCUACCCAAAUCCAAGAGAGAACAGGAGAGGAUGCUGGCCACCUUUGACCCCAAGGGCGAGGAAGGCAUGGAGCCAGUAGGCGUACCAAUCAAAGAUGGCUACCUCCCAGUGGGGGUGAAGGACUCAAACUGCUAAUAAGACCCCAGUGACACCAUUGGAGUGACAAAUUCAGUUUAGUCAUUUUGGGAAAUGAACUGAAAUUCCAAUUCAAGAUAAAGUGUAUCAGGCAGCCCGAUAAGUAAUGAGAGAAAGGAACAAUUUUGCUCUUUUACACAACCCAAUAUGCUUUCAGGUAUAGAACAAGUCAACUGUUCAAUUACAAAAGCUUCUUUCUCAUUGUUCAAUGGACUCUGAUCUCCACAUGUAUUUUAUUGUUGGUCUAUUGCCAAGUGAUAGAUUGUUGUUAGGCCUACUGUAUUGUAUUCCAUGUAUUAAAGGAAUCAUCUCACAGGGCACAAUGUCAAUUCAACAUCUUCCGCGUUGGUUAAGCGUAAUUUCAAUGACGUUACGUGGAAACAACAUUGAUUCAACCACUGUGUGCUCAGUGGGAGAGUAAAGGAAGCUGUACAUUACAAAUGAGAUGAAUAACCGUUGAUGUUGUUAGAAUGUGGAUCAUUGCUAAACGAAGAUGUAUUGUGUCAUCUUUGUCAAUUUAACAAGAGCUAACAACGGUUGGGCUUAUAGAAAACGUGUACAAUAUUUUAAUUGAUUUUCUGUGUAACAUGACUACAAAAGACUGUACAAAAUAAAUAUGAAUCUGUAUGUUUUUAAAUAAACAAAAUGUGUAGUAUCA